AUGUCAACCUCAGCCCCCAAACAACAGCACCAAGCCUUCUGGGGAUCUGUAUUCGAGAAACACAAGCGCCGUGUCCAAGAUAAUGUCGCCGUCAGCAUGGUGCACACUCAGCAGCAACUCCUUUGGCAAGGAGAUACGAAGAAUCCGCUUUCGAGAGCCCAUAACAAGAGCAUUGCGGCGCUGACAAGAGCCAACAAACAUAUCAGAAUGACGAGCAGCGGUAGUCAGAGGGGGGGAAGCGUUGGUGGGGAUGGCAGUGGUAACGCUGGCAGGGAGGGCACGAGGGGUAGCAGCAGCGGCCCAAAACUUCGAGCAUUGCUACCAAGCACCCCCGGAGGACCGUCCAAGCGACCGCCAUCACCGACCGGUCCCGGGGGAAGGAGAACAAAGAGAGCAGCUGUGGCAGCUGCUUGUCAGAAGGUAUCUGAGAGACCUUACUUGUUUGGGCAAGGCGAGUGUGAUGGAGUACGCCCAGUGUGCGCCUCGUGCGCGGCCACAAAAGUCAUAUGCGAGUAUUCGGUCCCAGAGGGGUUUUCUCAACGGGAUGCCGAGCGUCAAGCAUAUCAACAGAUAAAGGCUGAUUCCCAAGCCAACCAAGAGGCCGUGUCCAAGGCCAAACGAGAACUAAGAGCCCUUGUAGAUGAGCUGCGCCAAAAUGGACAGGAUUCCAAGAUCUGGCAGCAUAUCAAAGACGCUCCGUCUCUAGACGAUGCCGUUCGUGUUGUAAGCAGAACCCUCGACACUGCUCCGCAGGGAGCCGACGAUAGCCAAGAGAAGGUUGACGAGCCCAUGGUUCGACCCCAGCUCAGGCCCGGCGAAUCCAGUGGCUACGAAAUCGACUUGCAGCCGACCGAGAUUGACAUCGCGCGCUGGACUGGUAGUGGAGAAGACUUGAACGGUCUACUUACCCACCUCCUAAGCCUUUUCUGGACUUGGGACAACACCGUUUCACCCAUCAUCGAUCGAUGCAUGUUCCUCGAGGACCUCCAGUCUGAUUUAGCACACUCGGGAAACCUCCCACCUGGUGCCAAACAGCUCUUUUGUACGCCUUUUCUUGUCAACUGUGUGUUGGCUGUUGCCUGUUUAUAUUCAACAAAUCCCAACGUGUACAGCGUCCCAACCGACAGCACAUCCCGUGGCAGAUCCUUUGCAGAAGAAUCGAAAAGACUGCUUAAAAAAGAGCUGCCAUCUUUGACUAAACUGCAAGGUAUUAGUCUGCUAUGGCUCUGGGAAUCUUGCGCAGGUGACAUCCAGAUGACCGACGAGUAUCUGGAAACAUAUUUCGAAGAAUACAAGAGUUUGCAACUGAGCGCCAUUGAAAUCCCCUUGGACUUUGAAGAUUGGGAUUCGAGGCAGGGUAGAGAGCUGCAGGCCUUAUCUCAGAUAAUCUGGGGCAUGUAUUUCGCACAUGCAAGGAUGGCCACAACUUUCCAAGCGCCUUUCCGUGCACUAAGACCGCGAAUACGGCAAAUAUUUGCGGACGAGGACAUACCGCAUAUUUCCGACGCAGACCCGGCUCACUGGUGGCCCUACCCCGUGAACGAUUACCGUCACCUUCGGCCUUUGCACUAUCGUAGGCUACUCGUUGCUCGAUGCGAAUUGUCAACAAUUAUCGAGGAGGCCAACAAGUUGCUCAGUCAUGGUAGGUUCAAGGGCGAUCCUACCUCAAUGGAGAUAGCGCGGUCUACAAGUAGGGAGUGCUAUGUGGCGCUCGUUCGGUGGAAAGUCGACUUGCCCGAGUAUUUGAAAGCCGAAUACUCCACACUGCCUGUCGUCAUUCUUCUUCACACGUUGUAUGACUCUGCUCUUAUAGAGCUUUUCAACCCCCUGAUGGAGCAUUAUUACGACGACAGAACCAUUGCCCCAUCGACCCCCAAGCAACUCCGGUUCGCCGCCAACUUCUCCUUGAUUCACCAUGUCUGCGUAUAUAGGGUGUUGUACUCGGCCAAGCACGAAUACUCGAUCCUCCAAGCCUGUCUCAAGGCUGCAAUCACUGCGUUGUAUGACCUGAACGAUGGCGGCGUCGACAUCUUCCUCCGGGCCUGCCAGGGGCUGUACGAGGCGGGUGAGUUCCUCAAGCUUGCCAACACCUUCUUGGCCGUCACCAAGGGGCUUAUCAAGACAAACAGUCUUAGUUUGCCGCCAGAAGCAGCUAUAGUUGAGAAAAAGUUCUACCACGAGCUCCAGUAUCGCCCAUUCACACCCUUCAAAGAGGACGGCCGCCUGCUCAUGUACUGGCCCAAGAGGGUGGUUGAUCACGAGUUUUUGGCGCUCAUCGAGGGCGCGGAGCUGCUGUCUAUCGAAGGGAGUGCACCCCGAUAGGAGGCUCACACGACGCAAUCCGAUCUCGGGGGAUUCCUGCCACGGUAGACAUAAAUGGCAAAAGGAAGUACACCAUGUAUAUAGCUUUGAAGGUGACAAGCGAUACGUAUGAAGUAAUGCUUUUUCGUUGAUUUUACCUUGAACAUAACCUACCCUCGAAACAAAAAAAAAAAAGGUCUAACUUGAUGUACAUUCAGACAUUAAAAAUUCUCCCAGAACCCGCCAGCACUUUAUGCAGGAGCACUCCACCUCAUGUCCAUCUGCUUUUUUCUAACCUAUAUUUCAACAAAAGUCUCUUGUUAGAACAUGGAUCGACGUUGAUAAUGAUGAGGCUGAUCUUGUUGAAGCCCUUGCCGAGUAUGUCAAAGACAUAACUAGGCGCGACGCGGGUGACGUAGACGUCGACGCCGUAGGCGAGCACCAGGCUCGUGCUCUCGACGAUGGCGGGGCUCGUGACGAUGCGCCUGACGCCGAGGAUCUCGAGCUCGUGCGACACGACCGUCUUGGGGUCGAUCUCGAUGGCGGGCGCGUAGCGGGACAGUCCCUCCUCGAGCUCCUGGGGGGUGGGGUCGCGGCCGACGGGGCGGCGGGGCUCGAGCCAGCCGCGGUGGAAGCCGGCGAUCUGGCGCGAGUGCGGCAGGUAGGCCAGCAGCUGGCGGCUCGAGAUGCCCUGCCUGGUGACAGAGAGUGCCAGGGCCGAGAUGGGGGCGCCGAGCACCCACGUCUGGCUCAAGACCUUGGGCAGGGGCAUCGGGGCGGUUGGGUCGUCGAGGGGCGCGAUGGACGAGAAGUUGGCGGCGUCGCCGAGCGGGCCCCUAUCGUCUGGGUACUCGGACUCGUAGAGGUCUGUGACGGUAAGCAGGUGGCCCUUGAUGGCCUGGUUGGGGUCCUCGCGGAGGGUGUAGUCGCCAAACAUGGUGCAGAUGAAGAAGUUCUCCGACAUGGUGCACGAGGCCGGCUGAGUGGUGUCGAUGCCCUCGUACGUCGACGAAGACAGCGUCUCGCCCGAAACGGUGUCGAGGAGGUACGUGGUCAUGGUCGAAGCGGUGGGGUUGGCCGUGAGUACGACUAUAGUGUUUGGGUUGAGAUAUUUGUAUAGGACACGGCGGUCGCCGAGAAUGCGGCCGAUGGAAGCUACGGGGUCGUGCUGGGGACGCUUGGCUAUUUCGAUAAUUGUCUCGCCCUUAGGUGCAGUGAAUACCCAUGUGGUCGCCUCUUUAGCCUCAGUGCUAUCCUUUUCAGUCAGGAAUUUGACACCACGAAGAGACGUUUCACCGCUGCGGACGACAAGAGUCUGCUUCGGGGCCUUGUCUGCAGCGAGAGGUCCAAUCUGGCCGUCCUUGGGAAUGGACAAAAGGUACGGUCCCGAGGCGCUAUCAACCAGGGCAACACUUUGGAGCUGGGAUGUCGAAUCAGCAGCAGUGGUAUCCAGGACUUGGCCAUUGUCUGUCUUCAAAACCAAGGUUUGGCCACUGCUGGAACGGAUAGUGACCGUGCCCUGGGAGUUAUCAACAUUCAUGCCCUGGACAUCCCAGUUGGAGGAAUCCUCCACCUUGUGUCGCCACAGAGUUUGACCACGAUCGCCAGCAUUCAAGCCGUAGAUGCUGCCGCGCUCAGUGGCAAUGACGAUAAUCUUGUUGAAGCCGAAACCGUCUCUCUCAAGCUUCUUGUCGUUACCGCCCACAUGGGUGCCCAGCAGACUGUUGAUGAAGCGCUGUGGAAGCUUGUUGAGAUAAUCGGGCAGGUGCUCCAGGUCAUUGAUAUGACGCUGGACCCUGUGAAUAUAAGCAGACACGGGACUGCUGUGUGCCUCGGCCUCGAGGGACUUUGCGAGCUCCUCCGACUCUGGUAUCUCGGCCCAGGCACCCGCGACGGCUGCGGUGAGACCUUCAGGCUUCGACCACGCCACCUGGCCGUUCUGGACCAUGACCCAGUCGUCGGCGUCGGUGAGGGCCGCAGCGCGCACCGCGAAGCUGGAUUCGGACUUCUUGAUGACUUCAGACACUGCGUGGACAGCGUUGACGACGUUGUCCUCAGCAACCUUGCCAGACUUGAGAGCCCAGCGGGCAAGGGGCUUCUCGGAUGUGGAGGCGAGAAGGAUCGCCUCGCUCUGCGUGAUGCGGGUAAAGUAGACAUUGGCGCCGUCAGAGCUGGUCGAGAAGGCACCCUUGCCGGCGAGCAACGGUAGGUCGUAGGCCUUUUUGACGGCAGCGGUCUUCAGGUCGAUGUGGAAGACCUCGGCCGUGUUGGAACUGUCGGUGCGCAUGUGGACAAGGAAGUGAGGGUCCGACUGAAUCGAGUGAGGGGCAUGGAUCUCGACCGACUUGGUGCCAGCUGCAAGGGGAAAGUCAUGCUUGGCCUUGGUUCCCAAGACGUUGACUCUGAGUGUGGUAAGUGCAUUAUCGGUCCACGCAACAAUGGGCAUGGCCGAGUUUGCACCGACUAGGAUAAGGUCCUUGGAGCUCUGGAUGUCCGACUUGGUCGCAAUGCUGAUGUCGUCCAUCCUCUUGCCGGUGGGCACGUCGAGGACGGCAACCUUGAGGCCAUAGGAGCCCGGCGACCCGUGCAGACCAACCACAAACACCUUCUGGAGGUCGGUGCUGACCUGCAGAGGCAGAUCCUUGGUCACCUCACGGAACUCCCAGACCACGGCGCCAUCGGUGCCACGCAGCCUCCGCAGUGUCGUGACCCCGCCGUCCUCCUUGUAGUACAGCACCAGCACGUCCUUGUGCCCCUCGCCCUCAACGGCCAUCUCCAUGACCUCAAGAUCGCGCACCUCCUCGCCUGCAAAGUCGCGCGACCAUAUGUUGCGGCCGUUGACGGCAUCCCAGGCCUGCACUGUGUCCCCAGAGGCACUGGCGACCCAACCCUCGCCCUCGGCGGCCCUCAGGUGGCGUACGCCGUCGGCAUCUUCGGGGAGCUGCUGGCGCCAGAGCGCGGCACCGCUGCUCGGGUUGAUGGCGCCGAGGAUGCCGAGGUCGGAGAGGGUGUAGAGGAGGGAGGCGCGGUCAUCGCGGCGCGGGCGGUGGAAGAAGGUCGUGUCCUGUUGCGGCAGCCCAACGAGCUCAUGAUGGAAGUCAAUGUCGCCCACUUCAUCCUUGUACACUGCCAGCGCCGCCGGCAGCGCCGACAGUACCAGUGUUAAUAUCGGUCGCAUGAUGGUGCAGCGUAGG